AUGUCUCUCAACCCCCAUAGCCAGGCAGUUGACUACUUUCGCAAAGUACCAGAUAAGCCAGCGCCAUUGGUCUGCUUUCUCAGUCAUGUGCAUAGCGAUCACUUGCAGGGACUGGAAUCGUUGCGGUCACCGUUCAUCUAUUGCUCGGCUGUGUCUAGAGAAUUGCUCCUACGAUUAGAGAAAUAUCCCCAUCGCAUGAACUUUUCCAAGGGCAUACUCGAAGCUAGAAAGCAGCAUUAUGGACAUCUGGCAAAGAUCCUGAGACCGAUACCCCUCAAUACACCCACGGAGAUUGAACUCACCCCGUUACAGCGUAUUCGCGUGACUCUCCUGGAUGCUAAUCACUGCGCAGGCGCAGUGAUGUUCUUGAUUGAGGGUCAGGGAAAGGCUAUACUUUAUACUGGAGAUAUUCGAGCGGAGUCCUGGUGGGUUAAUUCAUUGACUCGACAUCCUGCUCUCGUGCCUUAUGCGUGUGGUCUGAAGACUCUUGACAAUAUUUACCUCGAUACAACAUUUGCCGUCAAGUCAAAUAUAUACAGAUACUUCCCAUCGAAAGCAGAAGGUGUCAAAGAGCUUCUAGAGCAGGUGCAGAGAUAUCCUAAAGAUACUAUCUUCUAUCUUCGAGCGUGGACCUUUGGCUAUGAAGAAGUUUGGCAAGCUUUGUCUGCUUUCCUGGAUUCCAAGGUCCAUGUCGAUCGAUAUCAAUACAGUCUAUAUAAGUCUCUCGCAUCCCGUGGCAAUGGCACCCCAGGCUUCGACACAACCACUUUUCUCUGCGGAUUUCAAUUGGGAAACGAGUUUGUCCCUGGCUGCUUGACGUCCGAUGACUCUGUGCGAAUCCACAGCUGCGAGCCUGGGGUUUUCUGUAAAACAAUGAAAUCGAAGAAAUCGGUCUACAUCACGCCCAUUGUCACCCGUGACAACAGAACCGGGAUAGAAGUGCCAGAAAUUGGUGCUGGAGGAGGAAAAAGAGACUUGUAUCAGAUUCAUGAACUUGAGCUGCCUGAUGAACUCACACUUCGGAAACUUGAAAGCCUACUGUCUGAGCACAUCAAAGAUGAGUCGGCAUUGUCGCAAACAAAAGAGCUGUUGAGGCUGGCUUUCAUGUCGAAGCAUAGAGCACUUUCGCUGGACGAGUUUGGACUUGCUGAUGACGCUGAUAUUUCACUCAAAGAUCUAGCCUCUAUGCUCAGCACUACAAGGGGUACGGGCAAAUCUAGAUCGUUUGAGGAAAAGUAUCCAGACAUAACCACCAUUACAUUUCCAUAUUCUCGUCACUCUUCUUAUGCGGAACUCUGUGAGCUUGUACAAGCUUUCAAGCCCAAGGAUGUGUUUCCUUGUACGGUUGACGGAAAGAAUUGGAAUGAAUCAGUUUCCAUAGAAGGAUUAUUUGGGCAUUUGUGCUCGCGGAAGAAAUUCGUCCACGACCGACAUAUGCGCGGGGCCCGAGGAGAAGAUAUACUAGCGCAUGAAAGUAAAAGAGCUCGUUAUACAAUAAUGCGUGAGGCCAGGCUCCAGUUGCAGGCAAUGGGAGACAAAGUUCAAUUUGACAUUGGCCCUAUGCCACGAGAUGCCAACGAGGUCCUAGGAGAAGAAUCUCAAAGUUCUUAUCAAACGACGACCCAUUCCAGUAGCGAAAAGUUUACUCGUGAGGAUGAUGAAGUCACCGUUGGCUCCAUUAUUCACACAAAUGAUGAAUCACAAACCGACUCCGAACUUACGACAACAGAGGCCAAAAGAGAGAGCCAGCAAACCAUAUCCGAUCUAUUGGGCGAUUCUCAAGAAGCAGGCAGUGAAGCAUAUCAGAACCGUGUUCGUGCAUACCGAGCAGCUCUGAAAGGGACGUGGAAUGAGCUUUCUCUUGUAUCAGCGGGCGAAAAUCAUGCGGAAGAGGAGGUUGAGCUAUAGCAUUUGUUCAUGAUCAGUCAUCUACCAUUAUCAUUAUACCAGAUAUCCAUAUACCUAUAUUCGAGCCCAACGCCUCCACAUACUCCCGAAUCAAUUGCAGUCACUGGAUCACGAUGCAAACUUAUCAUGUUUCCCCUUAACCCUAACAUCCAACACCUCCUCAUAGUAAUUCCCUUCCUUCCUCGCCUUUUUCAACCUCUUGACUUCAUGAUCCUCCAACCUUCUUCCCACUGUAGCUUCCAACUCCUUUCGAGAAAUCUUUUCCUUCGCCUUACUCUCCCUUGAAGCCUUGAGUUUCGGUUUAAAACGAGCCUGCAUUCGGAUCCGAAGCGAAGAUGAAAACGUAAUUGUACUUGCGUCGCCGCGGAUAUCAAUCUGUCUAUUCUUUUGAUCGCCAUCGUUAUCAUUAUUUUUCUUGGCGGUGGUCGAAGGUUUCUCGGAAAUGGUUAUGAAUGUAUCCGAUUCCCCCUCUCCGCCUCGCGUCUGCAAUGCCAUCAUUCCAGGCGUAUCUGGCGCCUGCAUAGCGACAAACAUUUCAAAAGGCGAUAUUGCCGUUGCCG